GUAAGCAUCGAAUGUGAGGGAUGUAACUCUUCGACCUCUCAUUGCGUGCCGACAGCUGGAGGAAAUGUGGUCUGCGCCUGCUUACCCGGUUACGAGGACUUGAACCCGAUCAAUCCGGGUCAAAAUUGCUCGAAGCUUACACAUUCAUCGACACCAUCAUGUCAUGCUUGCCAACACGGAUCAAACCCCUGCCAGGACUAUUCACUUCACGACUGCGAUUCAGUAGCUGAAUGCUAUUCAGAACAACCCGGCUACUUCCAAUGCCGUUGUCCAAAAGGAUUUAUCGAUGUUUCACCUGACAAACGAAAUCCUGGACGAAAAUGUGUCAGAGUGGUGGACGAGUGUUCUCUGGGCACCCAUACCUGUGACCCGAAUGCAGACUGUGUGGACACACCAGAAGGUUACACCUGCCGAUGUAAAGCCGGAUGGAAGGAUUCCAGUCGGGACCCUCUCCGAAAUCCCGGACGAGUCUGCAGAAAAGGUACAGUUUCCUUUUGA